AGUUCAGCAGUGUUAGUAUCAAAAGUACUGUCGCGGGAGUUGUAUUAUUGUCGGUGGUCACUUAUUCUAAGUGACCCUUCGAUUCCUAAUUGUAAGAAGCUGUUAGCAUAAGAAAAGUUACAUUAACUUAUGUUCACUUCAAUUAAUCAGACAUUUGUUAGAGAGAAAUAGUGUGAGUAACAUGGUUUGCUCAUCCGCGUCGCGCAAAUAACACUUAUCGGAAUCUUCCGACGCAACAGGUUAUCGCUUCUCUGCGCUUCAAGUUCAAGCCAGAAUAUAAAUAUCGGUUUGAAAGACUGGCCGGUCAAACAUACUACCUGCAAGUGCAAAGCUAUCAUCAGGCGAAAAGCAGUCCAACCCAUCUCCAAACAGCGUGAUUGACCGUUUGUGAUUAGAUCAUCGAGUCUAUAACUAGAUAGCAUUUCAUACCUACAAUAGAUUCUGAAUCCCGAAGAUGGUACAGCAACGUUAUUUAAUUACUAGCCUCCUCCUAUGGUUCGUUUAUUUAGGCAAGGCACAACAAAGAUGCUGUGAAACGUAUUGCUACAGCCAGGACAGUGACCGAACCCAGUCGAAACACUUUGCGACGAAAACUGCGUACGAAGUAAUUCGUGCUCCAAUUUCCAGUCGCGAGCAUAUUGUACCAAAUUGCAUACCAUCUAAACUUUGGCAAUUGAGUCGUCAUGGUACGAGGCUACCUGGUAAAGAGAGUAUCCAAUUCAUGUCACAGGCGUUGAACAAUUUACGAGACUCCAUUCUGGACAACUACGAUGUUCGACGAACUGCACCUGAUGUGGGACGAAUGUGUGCCGAUGAUUUAGAGUUGUUGCGGAACUGGCGCUGGGAUAGUAACAUCACGGUCGACUACGGAUCAUUCCUAACGUUACAAGGAUGGAAUGAUCUCAAAUUUUUAGCCAAACGGGAACAGGACCGCUAUUACGAGGUGAUGUCUGGCCAAUACACGAAGGAGCACUACUUGUUCCGUUACACAGACUCACAACGAACCGAGGCUAGUUACAAAGCAUUUGUUGAAGGUUUAUUUGGUGAUAAUGCGUAUAGUAACAUUGAUGUUCAGCCAGCCCCGAAAGAUGAUACCUUGUUGAAACCAUAUGACUUUUGUCCGGCGUACGAUGCUAAUAAGAACAAAAAUAAGCAAUCGAACUCAGAAUGGAGUAAAUUUCUCGUAUCACGGCUAUACUUGGAAACCCUAGCAGACAUUUCCACUCGCCUGGGAUUCCGAUAUAAUCUCAGUACCGAGCAGGUGGAAGCCAUGUGGGAUGCCUGUCGAUACGAGCAGGCAUGGCACUUGCAGCAACUUAGCCCUUGGUGCAGUGUGUUUACCAAAGAGCAGGUUAACGUGUUGGAGUACAAAGAAGAUCUCAGUUACUACUAUCAAAACAGCUACGGCUACGAUAAAAGUGCCAACUUGGCUUGUUACGCAGUUGCCGACAUGAUGAAGCACUUGAGCCGACCGGAUAACCCUCAGGUUGUGGCUUACUUCACUCACGAAUCGGAAAUUCAACUUUUCCUAGCAGCUUUGGGUGCUCUAAAAGAUUUGGAUGCCCUGCGAGCGGACAAUUACUACGCCAUGAGGAAUCGCCGGUUCCGGUCCAGUGCACUGACGCCGUUCGCUUCCAAUGUUCUCGCUGUUAAAUAUCAGUGUGCAGACCCAGUGGAACCCGUAAAGGUUAUAUUCUUCCUCAACGAAAAAGCACUUAUGUUCGAUUGGUGCAACGUAGGACUGUGUAAUUGGUCUGAAGUGGUUCGUCAGUUCAGACGAUACACCGAUGGGGAUUGCGCUAAGAUUUAUCGUGGGGGGAGUACUGCCUCAGGUAGAUAUCUACCACCGUUAACGAUAAGCCUUUUGGUGACUGUGGUUGUAGCGUUGGUAGCGAAACCAAGAAUAACUAGUUUUUAAAUGUAAUUUGAUUGCAUGUUUACACGUAUAGGCUAUUGUACUAAAACAAAAACAUAAAUGGCUGUACCUGUGUCAUUCUUUUAAAAAUCGCGAAUUUUGGGAAAAAAUAAAUACUUCUUAAAAUGC